GCGCGGAUGCUGGAAGUUCACAUCCCGUCCGUGGGGCCCGAGGCCGAGGAGCCCGGUCAGAGCCCAGAGAAAGGCCACAUGGUGUUCCGAGUGGAGGUGCUGUGCAGAGGGCGCAGACACACGGUGCCCAGGCGCUACAGCGAGUUCCACGCGCUGCACAAGCGGAUCAAGAAACUGUACAAAGUGCCCGACUUCCCCUCGAAACGCCUGCCCAACUGGAGGAGCAGAGGGCUGGAGCAGCGGCGGCAGGGCUUGGAGGCCUAUAUCCAGGGCAUCCUGUACCUGAACCAGGAUGUCCCUAAGGAGUUACUGGAAUUCCUGAGACUCCGACACUUUCCCCCGGACCCCAAGGCCAGCCGCUGGGGCACCCUGGGGGAAUUCCUGCCUAGUGACAGCAGCUCCCAGCUGCACCACCGGCCAGUCAUCAGCUUCCACGUGGAUCCCUACAUUUACACCCCUUCUCCAGCCCACAGGAUGGAGCCAAGCUGGGAAAAUGCCCUGGACUCAGGCUGACUGAAAACCAAGGUGGCUAGAUGGGCUAAGGGGUAUUUCACCCGUGUUCCACUUCUUGUCCUGAUACUGGAGAGACCAGAUUGCCAAUGUCCUGUGGUGACUCUUUGCUUGAGCGCUGCCUAAAAACUUCUCCCCACUGCCUUUUUUGGGGUCAGUACUGGAGUUUGAACUCAGGGCCUCUUGCUUGCUAGGCAGAUGAUUUACCCCUGAGCCAUGCAUCUAGCCCUUUUGCUGCCCUGGUUAUUUUUGGCGUAGUCAAGCUUCCUAGUCAGGAGGUACCUGGACUGCAACUCAUCUAUUUAGGUUUCUCAUCUAGAUAGGCAAAGCUACACCCGACAUCUUCCCACUGAUUGAGUCUUACCAACUUUCCUGUCCAGGUUGGCUUCAAAUCACAUUCCUCCUUUUCUCAGCCUCCCAAGUAGACAGGCUUAUGGGGGAGAGCCACGGUACCUGCUAAAACCCCUCCCCUUGAGAAUCUUCUGUCUCAAUCACAGGAUUUCAAUAUUGCUGCUAUCCUGAAAACCCCUAAAUUUCUA